CCGAAACGGCAAAGGAACAGAUUAUAAUUGCUUUCAUGGCGGCUGAAACAACCUAAAUUCCAUCCUCGCUGGAGGUUUUCCUUCUUUGAUUAUGGCGUCUUCUUCUUCUUCUUCUUCUUCCGCCAUUGAUGAAACCUUUCGGUUAGAGGAGAGAGGAUCUAAUCGGAUCGAGGAGGAAUCGGAUCUGGAAGUCGGAGUUUCGUAUUCCUCUUCUGGAGGUUUCUUCGAAUUCGGAUCGUGGCUGUCUCGGAGCAGUAGUGUUCGAUGCCGAUAUGUAUCGCUGCAAGCGCAGCGGCAGAACGACGAGGAAGUGAAUCAGAGUUGGAUGAUGAAGAAGGUGAAGAGGUUCGAGGAGAUUAUACAAGCUAUGGCUAGGUCGAAGUGGAGAAGCUUCAUUAACGGAAUAGUUAACAAGAGACGCAGUGUGAGGUUUCAGUAUGAUCCGAGGAGUUAUGCGCUGAACUUUGACCACGGGAUCGGAGAAGAUGGCAGCGGAGGUGGCCGCCAUGGUUACAGUCCGCCGUCUGAAUCGCCAAUGGGAUUGGGGAUUCGGAUGAAUAGGAGCGAGAUAUGAUGCGAUCAUGCAAAUAGUGUUCGAUAACUUCCAUCGGUUCUUCCCAAUUCAUAUUUUAUGUACAUUACUUAUUUUUUUUUA